GAAUCGAAAUAUGUUUCAGGCUAGAGCCUCUCAGUUACAGUUGAAGCCCUUCUUCUUCGUCUUCGGCUAUUUGAAACACAGACUAAAAAACACAGAGAGAGAACUGGCGAUGAAAAACCCAUCUCGGAUCGUGUAAAAUCCAUCCAGUUCUAUCACCAAUACCUUUCUACAAUGAGUGCAGGGGGUGCCUUUGGUGGUAAUAGGGGAGUCAGCCCAGUUCCUCCAGAGAAAGGUGUCUUCCCUUUGGAUCAUAUGCAUUUGUGUGACCAGGCGAAAAAGGAAUACCUCAAUUGUCUGAAGACUUCGGGCCACCAAUCUGAAAAGUGUAGACACUUCUCAAAAUUGUACCUAGAGUGCCGCAUGGAAAAGAACUUGAUGGCAAAGCAAGACAUGUCAGAACUUGGAUUUGUAAAGGAAAGUGAUAAGGAAGCGUCUGAAGAGAAGAUUACUGAGAGAAUUGGUAACUAAUCAUAUUAUUAGUUGGAAGGCUGAAGUUGGGGACGUGGGACAGUUUGUGAAAGAGUUUACUUGUAGGACUAAUUCUUCAGUUUGGGGACUUUGCCCACCCCAAAUG